AUGUCCUUUUGCUUGUUCUGGCCAGAUCAUUUAAAAGAGAGACGGUUCAGCGAUGAUGAUGAUUUGAUCGCUAUAUGUAUUGCUUUGAAGGGCACUGAUCGAGUUGUUUUGGAUAUUUUACGUGAGGGAUUGGUUAGGGGUUGUGAUAUUGAAUCUCCGUAUUCGAUUGUUGGGGUCCGUAAAGGUGGUGAUUCAGGAUGGAGGCUUAUUGAUGGGGUCGAUUGUGUUGUUGAAUUUAAGGCACCACGUUCGACUAUGUUGGAAUUCUUUUCGCUAGAGCCAAUUUCUCUGUCAUUGCCUGAGAAGAGAAUGGAUUCGAAGGUUUCCAAUGUCAAUUUCAUCAAGAUUUCAGAGAACAAGAGAUAUUUCAAUGAUAAUACGAGGUUUAAGAGAACGUUAGGCUUGAUAAAUUUUUAUUAUACAUAUUUAAUGGCAUUCCAUAAGAAGUAUCCUAGAUUUGCUGAAAGUUCUUUGACAUCUGAUAAAAACAUUUUUGGAAUGAUGAUAGAUUUAUUGCGAUUGAAUUUGGUCUACCAAUGGGUCGGUAAAGGGUUUUUUUAUAUUACAGUUUCAUUUGCCCUUAUAACAAAUCCCUUAUCGAAGUUUUUAAAUUGGAAUUUGUUGAAUCUAGUAAAUAAGUCUGCCACUAUACAACAGAUAGAUUUGAGAUGUCAACAAUUUUCCUAUUUCCCUGUUCAAUAUUUAAGAAUUAAUGAAAAUGUGUCAAUUAGAAAGGCAAUGCCUCGUUUUAAAAAUUAUGCUGAGGCUUCCGAAGGUCUAAGGAAGGACUUGCCAUCCAAUUACUAUCCUGACUAUAUUAGGUUCUAUAACACUGUGUGGUUAAUGUUAAAUGACAUUUCUUUUGGUAUGAUAUUGGGAUCGUUUUUGUUACAGUAUUCCACACAGAUUGCUAAUUUUGCACAUACAUUUAUUAACGGUUAUCUGUACAGUUUGUUGAAGUUGGUAACUAUCUCGUUAGCACAUAAUCCUUUUGGGAUUAAACUGAAUGAAGAAUUGGCUAGCUUUUUAAGUGAAUUAUUCCUGUGGAUCAUCGAAUUUUCAUAUUCUGUUUUUAUCAAGAGAGUUUCCGCUGUAGACAAUUUGACUAAAAUAAUAUCAGCUGUGGCCAAUCUAAGUUGCAUAUUCGGAGCUACUUUUGCAUUAUCUUUAUUAAUCGAUUGCUUCUCAUUUUUAUCUCUUCAUAUCCGAUUCUUUUAUUUAAUCAGCAGGAAAUUAUACCACUGGCAAUUGAAUAUUAUGAGUAGUCUGUUUAAUCUAUUCUGUGGGAAAAAAUUCAAUGUCCUACGUAACAGAGUUGACCAUCAUAAUUUUGAAAUUGAUCAGUUGCUGUUAGGCACUCUGUUAUUCAUAAUUUUGGUAUUUUUAUUACCAACUGUAUUGGCAUUUUAUUCUUCUUAUACAAUAUUCCAGUUAGGUAUGCUUACAUUAGAAAUAAUAUUCGAGUCAACAAUAUCUUUACUAAAUCAUUUCCCAUUAUUCGCCCUCUUAUUAAGGAUUAAAGAUCGAAGACGAAUCCCUGGAGGUAUUGCCUUAAGAUAUAACGACUCUGACGAUAUCUUGAGGCUGAAACUAUUGAACAAACCCCUUCCCGUCAGCUUAAUGUUUCAACCGUUCGCAUUGUUAAUGAAACAAAUAAAGUAUAACUAUUGUUCUUCAAUAAUAGUAAAUAAACUAAUCAAGGGAUUGCCUAUAACUGUUGAUCGGAAUAAAUUGUAUCAGGUACUUUAUUCCUCAUUGCCUAGUAAGCCAAUUAAUAUCGAGGACUUAUAUAAUAGUACUCACAAAAAGAACAACUAA